AGCAGAAAAGAUGACUACCGCCGCCAGGCCCACCUUUGAACCGGCGCGGGGUGGAAGAGGAAAAGGAGAAGGUGACCUGAGCCAGCUUUCGAAGCAGUAUUCAAGCCGAGACCUUCCUUCUCACACAAAGAUCAAGUACAGACAAACUACUCAGGAUGCCCCUGAAGAGGUUCGCAACCGUGACUUCAGGAGAGAGUUGGAAGAGAGAGAGCGAGCUGCUGCAAGAGAAAAAAAUAGGGAUCGUCCAAACCGAGAACAUACAACUUCGGUGUCAAAGAAGCCUCGGUUAGACCAGAUUCCUGCUGCAAACCUUGAUGCGGACGACCCUCUAACAGAUGAGGAAGAUGAAGAUUUUGAAGAGGAGAGUGAUGAUGAUGAUACUGCAGCACUUCUAGCUGAACUGGAAAAGAUUAAAAAAGAAAGAGCUGAGGAGCAGGCCAGAAAGGAACAAGAGCAAAAAGCAGAAGAGGAGAGGAUUCGCAUGGAGAACAUUCUGAGUGGAAACCCUCUUCUUAAUCUCACGGGCCCAUCUCAGCCUCAGGCCAACUUCAAAGUUAAAAGAAGGUGGGAUGACGAUGUUGUAUUCAAGAACUGUGCAAAAGGUGUAGACGAUCAGAAGAAAGACAAACGAUUUGUAAAUGAUACUCUGCGAUCUGAAUUUCAUAAAAAGUUCAUGGAGAAAUACAUUAAGUAGUACAGUUUUAUGUGCUUAAACACUAAAAUGUUAUGGAUCAGCUUGGCUGUUUUUGGUAGUGUUUUCUCCUUCUCCCCUGUGUAAAUGGUAUAUAAGCCCCCUAAUUAUAAGUUCCAAAUAUCUCUUCCUUUAGUGAUACUGCAUUUGAUGAUGGACUACUUGAGUAUUGCUUUAGCAGUUUCCAUUCUCUGCGUGUUUCCAGUCAUGUGUUGUUUUUAAUAUAGGGAAAAUGAAUCUGCUUGUAAUAAAUAUUUUUAAUCUUAAGUA